CUCUAAUUUAUGUGGUAAAUUUGCAGAACAAUUUUGCAUUUUAUUUUCAGUCAAAAUAUAUAAAUUGCAGAUUAUAAAAUAAAAAUAUAUUCGAUUUGUAAAUUAAGCUGUAUGAAGUACUUUUGCAGUGGUUUCGUGUUUUUUAUAUAAAUACAAAUUUUAAGGCAGAAUCCAUUGCGAAAGUUUCUUCAGGCAAAUUUUAAAACAACGUUGGAAAUAAGAUACUUUGAAAGCCAGGUGUAUUCAUUGAGGCUAGUUCUGAAAUAACCAAUGUGACCAAUCCAAUUUCUAUAAAAAAAUAUAUUUGAAAAAGUUGGAUUCCAUCAGGUUGGAUGUUUUAAAGAGCAGCCUUUAGUCGACAAAUAAAAAAUCCGUAUAUACAAAUAUAACUCUUCACAAGUUAAUAACAUUUACAAGCUAUUAGUUAAGAAUGUCUAGCGAAAGUGAUAGCUUGCAGCGUUCCUUGUCAUCGCCUCCAUCGUCGCCACAAGCUGGCAAAAGAAUACGGCUUGAUGAACAAGCUCUCCAUGAGCAGGCGACUGCCAUGAAAGAGAAGGGUUUCUCAUUAAGCGCCAUAGAAGAAAUGAAAACCCGUGUUGAGGAGAACAACCAAAACGAAACGUUGGAUCAACAAUUACGACAAUUUCAAGUUUUAGACGAAGUGCAGGGUUCUGGAACUAAAGAUUCAGACGUUGCAAGUGAAAAUGGCGAUAAGAAUUUUGAUCAUGGUGAUGGAUAUGAAUCCUCCGAUUUGGACAUAGAUGACAAUGAAAUAGAAAAUUUGCUUAACGAGAAUUUACCGGACGAUUUGAAAGAGCCGAAGAAACCUAAAUAUGAAGAGCGUUUUAAAACAGUAUUAGAAGAGAAAGGACACAAUCAUUUUGAAGUGUUACCCGAAGGUUGGGUACAAGUGACACACAACAGCGGUAUGCCUCUCUUUCUACAUAAACAGUCUCGUGUUGUUUCGGCGUCCAGACCAUAUUUCCUUGGACAUGGUAGCGUAAGGAAACACGCUAUUCCGUUGGGUGCUAUUCCGUGCCUUAACUAUAGGCGUGCCAUUGAGGAAGAGGAGACGGAAGUUUUGAACCAAAAAACAAGAGAAGAAAACACAGCGAUGGAAGAAGAAGAGGUCGCCGAAAACAACACAGAUAAAGUUCCUAAAUGCCCAUUUGCACGUAGUAAUGUUAGCACGGAUGUAGCUACAGACGCCAGUCAAUUCGCGCAAGUUUCCUCUUCUACGAAUGGAAAGGAGAGCAACUUAAGUGAACCCACUGUAACACCCACAUCAGACACACUUACUGCCCCUACAACAACUUCUGCGAACACAGUUGACUUGGCGGCUAAUGUAGCAGCAUUAAAGAGUCUAGUGCCACCUGCGAAAAUCGUCACCGUCACUGAGAAUACGCAAAAAGAGUCGCUUACACCGGAGCAAUUGAACAAAUACUGCGCAAAAUUAUUCAAAUUUAAAGUGAUACGCGUUUUACGUUUUCGUUCGUGGAAUGCGCGACGCAAAUUCACGAAAAAUCGUAAACACAUUAAAAAUUUGCAACGUCCAACUUUACCGGAUGGAACGAAACUAAUAAAGUUCCCAAUAUUGGCGCCAAGUGGCGAUACAAAUGCAAAUGCACGUGGGCGUAAGGAGUGGAUUAUGAAUCCGAAUGGAAAGAGUUAUGUGUGCAUAUUGCACGAGUAUGUGCAGCAUGCCUUGAAAAAGCAACCAACAUAUGAAUUCAAAGAAUUAGAGAAUGCAGCAACGCCAUACUCUGCAACUGUAUCGAUUAACGAUUUGAAAUACGGCACUGGCUAUGGCACUAGCAAGAAACAGGCGAAAUCAGACGCUGCGCGUGAAACAUUAGAGAUACUCAUACCAGAAAUGAAGGACAAAAUUACCGGCAUUAAACAAGAUAAAAGUGCGCCGAAAAAUAAUCACAAAGAUUUAUCAGUUUUUGACGACAUCAAAAUUCAAGAUCCACGUGUAGCUGAAUUUUGUAACAAGACAACUGAGCCAUCGCCGCAUGCUAUACUGUUGACCUGUCUGCAACGGAAUUUCGGUCUCGGUGAUGUGCAGAUAAAUUACGAAAUCAAUCGCACGAAAAAUAAGAAAAAUGAGUUUACCAUGACGGUGGGCAAACACACUGCCAAAGUGUUAUGCAAGAAUAAACGCGAAGGCAAACAACUGGCUUCACAAGCGAUUCUACAGAUUUUACAUCCGCAUAUUAAGACAUGGGGUUCACUGUUGCGUCUGUACGGCAACAAUUCCAUAAAGACGUUCAAAGAGAAAAAGCUGGAAGAACAGGAGAUCACGGUAUUGCAAAGCAAAGCUGCGAUAAAUCAGCCAAAUUACGCGAUUCUGGACAAACUCAAAGAGGAAAUGCUAAAAUUAGCCGAAAAGAAUAAAUCAGUUUUUUCAAUGGGCACAUUUGUGCCACCCUGUGAUGUUGAUCUACCCUCAUCCUCCGGUUCCAAUCUCAAUAAUGUAGAGCUGUAAUGUUCACAUGUAAAUUCUCAGUGGACAUUUUGUUAUGACUGAUUUCAAAUAUGACUGAAGUAAUGAACAAUUUAAUAUUAAUGAAAAAUUUAAUAUCAAUUAAAAGUAAAGUAAGAUCGUUUCUGUAUGUAUCCAGGCCUAAAAAGUGUUGUGUUGCAUUAUAACAUUCUUUAUGUUGAUAUUUAGACAUGCCUUUCCGGAUUGUACCAAUAAAGUUUACUGAAAGAAAAAAUAUAUAAUUAUUGAUAAUUGCUUUGAUUUUAAGUGUUCAAUUUGCUGCUUUUCUACAGUAAUUUAAAAAAUAAACACAUUAAGGAAAUAUAAUUGAAAAAUAAA